AUGACUUACUCACCCAACCUGGCCGCCGAAAACAAGGCCGCGCUGGACCACUUCAUUCAGCUCCCGGUGUCACCGGACAUGAUCGCAUACCUCGCACAGAAGGCAUCACAAGUCAUCCGCUGCGAACCAUCAUCGCAUCUCAACAAGAACCUGCCACCAACCCCGCCGGCAUCACCACCCCAGGAUGCCGCCACCAACUACCGGGAACCUCCUCUACCGUCGGUCGAAGAGUUCAUCACAUCGUUAGUGGAGAGGUCACAUGUCCAGGUCCCGACCCUCAUGACCUCUCUCGUCUACCUUAGCCGACUAAAAUCCCGUCUCCCGCCGGUCGCCAAGGGCAUGCGGUGUACCGUCCACCGCAUCUUUCUUGCCGCUCUCAUCCUUGCCGCGAAGAACCUGAACGACUCUUCUCCCAAGAACAAGCACUGGGCUAGAUACAGUGCUGUCCGGGGAUACGAAAACUUUGGCUUCUCCAUCACCGAGGUCAACCUCAUGGAGAAACAGCUCCUUUUCCUUCUAGACUGGGACCUCCGCAUCAACCCAGACGAUCUCUACUACCACUUGGAGCCCUUCCUUGCUCCCAUCCGCGUGUGGCAAGCUCGUCAAGCUGAGAAGGUCCGUCAAGCCGAAAGGGAGAAGGAAUUCGCCCGCCAGCAGCACAAGCUUACUUCCGAGAACCUCUACCGAUCUCGCCUGGAUGUACCUACUUACGACUCCCCUACCUUCACUUCAUACGCGAACCAGAGGCUUCGGCCAUACGCCACUCCAUCAUCACGGGCGCCAUCAAGGACGCCUUCGCUAUCACCACCUACUCGGAGCUCGUCCGUUUCAACCAGCUCGGACUCUCCGGGGAGCAUCAGCUUCACUGAAGAACCCGCAGAGGCAGUCGUUCAGCCGCUCUACGACACAGACAGCGGCGCCACUCUUGUGCAUAUUCACGCUCCCGGGUCACAAACGAAGCUCGAGCACUCUCUCCCGCUCAGCUACGACGACAAACCGUCGAAGAAGGCGAAAACGUCGACUAGUGGUUUCUUCAAUAGAAUGUUUGCUGGCGCCUACACGGCCAGGCAAACAGCAUACUGA